CUUCCUGGCUGCUUGAAGAUCCGCCGCCAUUAUGAAUGACACGGUAACUAUCCGGACAAGGAAGUUCAUGACCAACCGACUACUUCAGCGGAAACAAAUGGUCAUCGAUGUCCUUCAUCCUGGGAAGGCAACAGUACCUAAGACAGAAAUUCGGGAAAAACUAGCCAAAAUGUACAAGACCACACCAGAUGUCGUCUUUGUGUUCAGAUUCCGAACCCAUUUUGGUGGUGGCAAGACAACUGGCUUUGGCAUGAUUUACGAUUCCUUGGAUUAUGCAAAGAAGAAUGAGCCCAAACACAGGCUUGCAAGACAUGGCCUGUAUGAGAAGAAAAAGACCUCGAGAAAACAGCGAAAGGAACGCAAGAACAGAAUGAAGAAAGUCAGGGGGACUGCAAAGGCCAAUGUUGGUGCUGGCAAAAAGUGAGCUGGAGAUUGGACAACAGAAGGAAUAAAGACUCUGCAGUGACUGUGUCUGUGGUGAUUGUGCAGAUUUUUCAUGAGACAGUUAAUAAACUAAGACUUUUUACAUAAAAAAAAAAA